CUCUAGACACCAGCGUUGCCUUCAGAUUGGAGCCAUGUCGCCUCGAUUCCUGUCCACGCAAUCGGCCGCCGUGGAGACGCCGCAGACGCCGCGCAAGUGCGUCGCGUACCGCCUGGGCCGCGUCGAGUACGAGACCGCGUGGGACUGGCAGAAGCAGCUCAUCCAGCAGCGCGUGGUGGCCAUGCGUGCCGGCCAGUCGGUGGAGAAGGACGUGGUGCUUAUCCUGGAGCACCCGAGCGUGUACACGCUCGGCAGAGGCGGCACCAUGGAGAACGUCAAGUUCGACCCGGAGACGGAGCACGUCAAGCUGGUGCGCGUCGAUCGCGGCGGCGAAGUCACGUACCACGGCCCCGGACAGGUCGUGGUGUACCCGAUUCUGGACCUGACACAGCACAAGAAGGACCUACACUGGUACCUCCGGCAGGUGGAGGAGGUGGUGAUCCGGACACUGGCCAAGUUCGGCAUCCAGGGCGAGCGCGUGGACGGACUGACGGGCGUCUGGGUGGAGGAGCAGCCUAUGUCGGAAGAUGGAGAGCACCACAAGGGCAACUACGAGCGCGAUAUGCGCAAGAUCUGCGCGGUCGGAACGCACGCGAGUCGCUGGGUCACCAUGCACGGCUUCGCUCUCAACGUCAAGACGGACUUGCGCGGCUUUGAUCGCAUCAUUCCGUGCGGAAUCGACGAUCGCGCGGUUACAAGUAUCGAGCGCAUUCGUCCGGAUGCAACGGUCAAGGAUGUGCAGGACGCUGCUAUCGAAGCCAUCAGCGAGGUCUUCCACCUCGACAUGGAAGACGUCGAGGCCACGACGCCGCUGUAGAGCGCAUUGUACCGCUGUAUUUGAUGAUUCACUGCUGAUUUGAUCUAGUCGAUGAGCGAUCGAUGACUCAACUCGUGAAGCGUGAAGGCGACGAUGCUAUCGACUGUUGCUAGACCUCCGUUGCCUGACACAUUGAUCAGCAUAGAUUAGAUUUUCGGUAACUGUGAAUAGAGCACGUGCACAGUAUCCAAACAAACAGCAGCACUACUUACCGACCACUCCGCAAGCCAGCUUCUUUUCGACAGGGGGCACCAUCUUGUAGCCGAACUCGUCCAGCACUCGAAGCUGCUUUGCAGUGAUGGGGUGGUUCCACAUGUCCGUGUUCAUCGCCGGCGCGUAGAUGAAAGGCUUGCUCAUGAUCCACGCUCGUGCAACGCAGGUCUGCUCAGCAUCUCAUCCAAAAACGUGAAUAACCAAUUUCUUUCACUUAAAUGAUGAGUACAAGCAGCAACGCACGAGGAGGUUGUCGGCCAAUCCGUUUGCAAGUUUGCCCAGUGUGUUCGCAGACAUGGGCGCCAGCAGCAUCACAUCCGCCCAGUCCUUCAACUGCAGCGAUUCAAAUCCGACACAAAUAUCAGCCCUGCGUCUCCCUCAGCGCUUCUUCGCCUGUAUCACGACAAGUGCACACCUCGAUGUG